AUGACGAAAUUUUACGAAAAAUUACAGAACUUACUCAUAAGCUAUGAAGAUAGACCUAAAGCGAUUGUAACAGAACAAGAGUUGGGCGAGUUGGUGUACGUCUUUCGUGGCAUAGAAAAAGGCAGACCAGUAUGGCGUUAUGUUCUUGUGCCUGCUAACAAACUCAAUGAUUUAGAAGCUCAGCAUGCAAGUACAAAUAUCAAUGUUUUAGAAUUUGGCCGGUUGAUCGAAUAUCUUGAUAAUGGAGGUAAAAUUGAACAAAUGUUUGGAUGGGGCUUCGAUCCACCCAAAAUAAUUCAAACAUGGAUUGAAGAGCAUUAUGAUCCAGCAUCUAUUGAUGAAAACAUUAGUUUGAUUUAUGAGAAAGAUGACAUUCGAUUAUGUACUAUGCAACGUGCAGUUCCACAACAGAAAUUAGGCUUUUGUGCACAUUACCAUCGAAAAGAACGUUUUCAUUAUAUCGAGUUCUAUGAUAAUUGGGAAUCGAGUCUGGCCUACCGAGCAGGCAUCAAAAAUUUUGAUCGAAUCAUCGAACUAAACGGUGUUAAUAUUGAAAACGAUACAUCACAUGACCUACGAAGCCGUUUCAGUACUGACCAACAUCUUCCAGUUCAAAUGCUUGUCUGUAGUCCAGCUACAUAUAUUCAUUACAGAUCUACUGGAAAACUUUUGCAUAGUCAUCUUCGAACUGUCCAUCAUUUGAAACCUGCAUAUGCUACGUCAACGUUGGACUCGAAUACAAAUGCAAAACAAGUUUCUAUCGAUCAUCACAGUUUUUCUGCUGUACAAUGGGAAAAUAGUUGCACUGUAUCUAUAGUACCUCAGUCAGCGAUUUUCAAAUCACAUGAAUUUACUCAUGUAAAUGAUGUCUGCUUUAUCGAAACAGCUGGACACUAUCAAAAAGGACAAAUUAUUUUCAAAGGUUCACAUGAUGAUUGUGAAAAGUUGACACCACAUUCGAUUAAAUCAGUGAUCGGAAACGUUUUCCAUACAGCGGCCAGUUUAUUGAUUAGAAAAAAGCGAUACAUUUUGGAUGCAAAGACAAAGACUAGUCAUGAUUUUGCUAAUAACAACUGUAUAUCUUUACAAAAAUCAUCUCAGAAACUGGAAACAGAUGCAAUACAAUCCAAAACUGCUAUUCAGAAUAUAAAUAAUGAUACCAAUGUGGGACAGCACACACAUAAUAUCAAACAUAUUCAAGACCAUUCAUGUACAACAUUAGAACAGCUUCCAAACCAAUUAUUUUUCUAUUUAUUUACUUUCAUCGAUAUUCAACAUUUAUAUAGCGCUUUCUGUGGACUCAAUUCACAGCUGAACGAUACGAUUCGAUCCUACUGCCCCGACUAUAAACAAUCAUAA